CUUGGAACCUUCCAUAGACAGCAGGCGGUCAAGUGUACACCGCGGGGCCAUUCAGGAUCUCCUCGGGAAACGACCUCGGAGCUUCGAGGGGCAUUCCGGUGGGCCUGAGGCGAGGGUAAACUGUAUUUCUGAUCGGUUUGACUCAUUCCCUUUUUUCCCCAUCCUCUCUCACUUUUGUUUCUUUUCAUUCCUCUCUUUUCCAUAUCCUUUUUUUUAUUUACACACACUUCAUAAUGGCUACUACAAACGGUACCUCCGGCAAUGACUUCACUGUCAAGGCCGGCCUUGCUCAGAUGCUGAAGGGUGGUGUAAUUAUGGACGUCGUGAACGCUGAGCAGGCCCGCAUCGCCGAAGAGGCCGGUGCCGCCGCUGUCAUGGCCCUCGAGCGUGUCCCCGCUGAUAUCCGCGUUGAGGGCGGCGUGGCUCGCAUGUCCGACCCCAGCAUGAUCAAGGAGAUCAUGGAAGCCGUCACAAUUCCCGUCAUGGCCAAGGCCCGCAUUGGCCACUUUGUCGAAUGUCAGAUCCUGGAGGCCAUUGGUGUCGACUACAUCGACGAGUCCGAAGUCCUCACCCCCGCUGACGAUGUCUACCAUGUCACCAAGCAUGGCUACAAGGUCCCCUUCGUCUGCGGCUGCCGCAACCUGGGUGAAGCCCUGCGCCGUAUCUCCGAGGGCGCCGCCAUGAUCCGCACCAAGGGUGAAGCUGGCACUGGCGAUGUCGUCGAGGCUGUCAAGCACAUGCGCACUGUCAACGCACAGAUCAGCCGUGCCCGCGGUAUCCUCCUUGCCAGCGCGGACGCCGAGCCCGAGCUGCGCGCUUUCGCCCGUGAGAUCGAGGCUCCCUAUGAGCUUGUUCGUCAGGCUGCUGAGCUGGGCCGUCUGCCUGUUGUCAACUUCGCUGCUGGUGGUGUUGCUACUCCCGCCGAUGCGGCGCUUAUGAUGCAGCUCGGCUGUGAUGGCGUCUUUGUUGGCUCUGGUAUCUUCAAGUCUGGUGAUGCUAAGAAGCGUGCCCGUGCUAUUGUCCAGGCUGUUACUCACUUCAAGGAUCCUAAGGUUUUGGCUGAGGUUAGCCAGGGUCUUGGUGAGGCUAUGGUUGGUAUCAAUGUGAAGCAGAUGCCUGAGGCUGAUAAGCUGGCUGGUCGUGGCUGGUAAAUGUGUUUUUCUUUUAGUUCUGUUUCUCUUCUUUUCAGCCUUAUCAUUGUUGCACCUAAAAGAAUACUGUACAUGAGCCACGAGCAGAUACCAAAUACUACAAACUAGACAUUUUGGCAUUCCAUUUAUGUGGACUUCGAAUUACUCAUCUCUAUGCUGAAUGCAUACCGGCUUCAAUACGUACA